AUGACAGAAUUUUCAUUUUUUUGUUUCCACAUUUAUCAGAGGAUCGAGAAGGAGAAAUUACUGGAAGAUCACAACCAGCUGAAGCUCGGCAUAGAGGAUGUACGUCAGAACCUCUCAGGCCUUUGUCAGAGCCUCUGUAUGGACGCCUCGCCACAGUCCGAACAGCUGCAAGCGCUGGCCAGGUACGUCUCCUCCGACUGUCCCACCUCCGUCCUCCUCACCCCCAUGGCCUCUCCUACCCUGGCUGGCCCAGACCAGGACACCCAUGGGAACUCCACCCUGGACACCUUUCUUGCAGACACAUGUCCUGAAGGAGACACAGUAGCACUCAGCUUGCCCACUGCCUUCCUGCAAGACAACGUUCAGACCACUGUUUCAAAUCCAGCUCCAUGAUGUACAACAGAGCAAAGCAGCUUGGGAAUGGUCUGAUAUUUCAUUUUUACUCAGGUGCUUACCUUUCUGCUGCCGUCAGUUACACUUUUGAGCAUGACUUUCUUUGUAGGAGCACUUUCAUAAUGUUUCCAAGUAUGGACGUGACUACAUUUGCACUAUUAACAGGAGUUCCAUAUGGAAAUGCUAUAUGGAUGCAUACGGAUAUGCCUUUCAUUCCUUGUUUGCUGUAUAGAGGUCAUUCCUGUUAUGCCACACAUUUUGAACUCUGAAACUUAAAAAAAUAAAUAUGCUUGUGUUGCAAUUUUAAGUAUUUCAGAAAUAUGUUCUGCUAAGCUCAGGCUCAUAAGGUGUUAAUUAUAUAAUUGUAAAUAAUUGUUUAAUUACAGAUCGAUAGUUAGCUCAAGUUAAUUUUGAUAUUUUUAACCAUGUUUUGAUAUUUUGAUUCUAUCAU